GAUUUUGUACGUUUGGUCUUGCCUGUGCGCGCGGUGUGAGAAGAGUGGAGGGACCAACCCCCUCCCUAUACAUAACCCACGAUUCACUGUACGUGCUAAACUGUAUUUUCAAUACACUCGACGCAUUGAGGUGAAUGUGUGUGUAUAUAAUAUUGUCCGACCCAAUGAGCCUGUUGUAUAUGUGUUUUGUGGUGGAAAGUAUAGAAAACGGACCCGCUUGAGCGAAGGCGCUGUCACUUUCGAGGGUGAUGCUCAUGGGUUAAGUAGGCCGGUAGAUGCGGGGCUAGAUUGUCGGAGCAUCUCGCACGGAACCACCUGAGCACCCGGACAAUUUUUUGCAUUAUCUCCCUCUGCCAUCUCCAUCUCGCUCUCCGCCACCAUCACUACCACUUUCCUCAUCAGUCUGAUGUCAGAUCGCCAAACAACCACUCCAGCGAUAGCAUCUCCCCUUCACCAGUAAUUGGCUACUUGUUGGUGAAGAGGCUUCACUUCAAUCGGAUUUAACCCACCACCUCUCGGUCUAAACAUCGUAAGACUUUUACUUUUCAUCCUCGGUGUCUUCGUCAUCCCUGAUCGGUCGCUGGUCGGCUGCCGUACCGUAGACCAGACAGACUUGAGCCGCUCCGUAAAGGAGAAGAAUUAGGGGAUCCAAUGCUCAUCAACUCUCUCCCCCCUCCUGUCGCACACCCAUCUAAACUGGAGUCAGAAAACACAGUUUCGUCUUUGGAUCUAAGGAGAUUUUUACCAUUCGCCGCCAUGGAAGAAAUCACGAAACUGAACUGCAAGCCGCGGCGGGCCUCGUUGUGUGUAGGCUGCGGAGGAAGCAUACAGGACCAGUACAUCUUGCGGGUUGCACCGGACCUAGAGUGGCACGCAGCUUGCCUCAGGUGCGCCGACUGUAGUACUUAUCUCGACGAGACGUGUACAUGCUUCGUAAGGGACGGCAAACCCUACUGCAAACGGGACUAUCUCAGGUUAUUUGGUACAAAGUGUGCGAAGUGUGCUCAAGGAUUCACCAAGAAUGACUUCGUGAUGCGAGCGCGGAAUAAGAUCUACCACAUAGACUGUUUUCGUUGUGUGGCUUGCAGCAGACAGCUUAUUCCUGGGGACGAGUUUGCGCUCAGAGAAGACGGUCUAUUUUGCAAGGCAGACCAUGAGGUGAUGGAGAGGCCUGGGGACAGGGACCAAGCACCUAAUGUCAACCAUAGAAAUUAUAUUAAUGGUGAGUUUAGGCCGAAUAUAGAACUGACUAUGAUUGUUCUUCACAUUGACUGAAUUACCAAAGAUGAAGAAAGAAUAUAUCUUCUUAAAAUCCUUAUCAGGAAAAUCUGGCGAUUUACUUGCUAUUACUGGGAGAGUUGGGUCACGUGACCUUGUGAUGGUUUAAUGAGUUACGCCUUAUGCGCCAUAUUUCUAUAUUUGAACGUAAAUAUUGGAAAACAACACCCCCGUAGCUUUGGUGUCAUAGCACAUUCUGUUGAUUUAAUUGAUUACCAAAAGAUGAUGUCAGUACUGAUAAUUGGAGACGUAUAUAAAACUUUUAUGAUAUAUCGUUGUAACAUUAUUUAUAAUUUUUAAUUUCUAGAAGUAAUUGUGCGUGUAAUGUACCUUCGCUCGAUUGACAUAAAAUCCAACGUGGAAUCGUAAAAAUAAGUCGUAAUUAUGGCUUCGUAGCAACCGAAAUAUUAUUAAACAACCUUGAACUUCACUUACUAACAAAUAUCUUGAUCCGAAGUAGAUCACGUGAUAUGGGAGGUUCCCCAAUCUGAAAUAGAACUAGAACAAAAAUGUAGUCAAAUUGCGAUUUUGAAACAUAUCAAGUAUCUGCAUUUGACAGUUAACACCGAUAAACACGGUAUUAGAUACCCCGCUUGGAUGCAGGAAUCCUUAAUUUUCUGGUCAAUUUGGACUCUAAAGGAUGAAACCUAAUAAUAGCCAAUACAAACAGAAUCUGGGUAGUACUUCCAAAGAUGCGUCAUCUCGCUAUCUCCCAAAUUGUAUUCAUAUUCAGAUUCAUUGCGGGAUGUCUUCGUUACCGUAUUUUCUUUAGCACGAAACGGGGGAAACGGGACGACGCGUUUAGAUUUCAGCCAUUCGUUCGUCAAAAUAGGGCUUAAAUUGAAAGGGAAUUGCAAUUUUUUUACAUUAUUAUUUCGAUGCAAUAGUUUAUGAUUCAAUGUCACCAACUUCACGAUCCGAAAUCCUUCUCCUCUCUGUCCUAACCCCUUCUGCUUUCAUUAUUCAUGUAAAUAUGUGUUAUGGGUGGAGGCAAAUGUUGAGGAUUUUUAUUUUUUCUACGUUUGAGCCCCUAUCUCUCUUUGUCUCCUUCUAUCUUCCCCUAAAUGUAUUUUAAGGGUACAAUUAUAUAUGACCCUGUUACCUGUUCUUAAAAUUUUCGAAGGCAGAUCAACCAUUUAACAUGUCAAACUAUAGAUCUUUUAAAAGAUGAACUACGAAGAAAAUGAAUAUAAAAAUAAAUAACUAAAUGAAUUCAUAAAUGAAUAUGUAGAGCACAUAUAUAGUUCAUAUUUGUUAAGUUUACAAAUUGAUACGAAAAUGAAAUUAUGGUAAUCAAUAAAAACAUUAAAUUUCUCAAUUACGAUAGGCUUUUGUCCAGUAUUCCGCUUCUGUCAAUAUCAUGAGCCGUAAUCAUAUUAAUAGCUCUUACUCUGAAUUUUAUUUUGAGUGAAGCCUUGAUUUAUGGUAGUGCUACUAUAUGUCCAAUCUUUAUACGGUAUAUCUAGUUUGUUCUAAGCCUUCUUCGUUGUCUAUUCACGCUCCAGCGCUAGGCCGAUCGAUGUGCUGAAAGUAUCAACUGUCAAAAAUGAUGUCAAUUAUUUUGACUAUCGAUAUUCAAGCAACAUAAUCAGUGCCCCGUCUUACAAACUCUGUGGAAAUCCAUCAGGUUCAUAAUUUUUCUUGCAGGAAAUUUGCAAAAUGUCCUUUGUAAACAAAGGCGAACACAUCAAAUUGCCAAGAAAACAAUGAAUUUAUGAAAAUACAUCAUAUAAUCUAAAAAAAUAUCUUGAACAAACAUACAUUUUAGAUGUUGAUGUUGCUGGCCGUCCAUAAUUGUGGUUGAUCGGAUCUAUUGCAACUCUUUGUAAGACAGGGCCCAGGACAUCAGUAAGUAAAAAAACGGUGUUCUGAGCAGGGAAUGGUGUAUCCCGUGCGGGUCGAUGUUGAAUUUUUCACAGUACCCAUCGUUCGAUGACGGCCUUUAAAAUCAUCAUUGAGCACAUCCCUAGCCUACUCGUCCACGCUGUGUUCAGUGGAUAGAAAUAGGAGAGAGAUGUUAUUACAAAAUCGAGUUUGGCGCCCUGUGGGUAUGCAUGCUUCACUCGAAUGAAUCGAGAGAUUCGUCGAGUAGUGACGUUUUCCAAGUCCUCCUGAGUCAGUGACAACAACCAAAUUAGGGUUCUCUUUAAAGUUAAAGAUUGCGUCCAUUCCUGGUUAAAUGAUUCAUCCGUAGAACAAAUCGCAACCAUUGAGAAAAUAGAUGUUUUCAGUAAUGUAGAUGUCAUGUUAGAUGUUCAAACAUGGUUGUCCACGGUCAUUAUGACUUGACUCAGCAAUAAUGGAAUUACAUUACUAUUAUUCAGCUCACAUAGAAUUAGGUUUAUGGGAUAACGCAUAAUUAUGACCCGAAUGUUGAUUGAAAUUCCUAAAACGAACAUGACGAAUGCUCAGUAUAAUUUUGAAUAAUUAGAAUAUUCAAAACAUUCCUAUCAAAUUAUUCCACAACGAUCUUCUUUUCUUUAAUUGAAGAAAGAUUAAAGUUCCCUUUACAUCUUUCACUAGCUCUUUAAACUUACCUUCUGCCGUUUCCCCCAUCCCCGUCUUCAUGCCCUCUCCCGAGUUUAGUCAUCCCCUCAGCACAGGGCCUCGUGUUCACCUUCCCCCUCGCUCGUGCCGACAUCAUGCACGAGCUCCUUGACGAUUUUGGCUUGGGGCAGGACUGUGGUCGACAGCAUGUGGAGUAGGGUAUAUCCUAGGUCGUCAUCGUAGGUCGUGGACUCGCGAGUGAACAAAGGAAUAAUUUGUUUUACAGAAUAGAAUCCUUGUGUUCAUUGUGCUAGAGUUGUCUUAAUAACUUGAUUUGAAACAAUUUAACCCACAACAAUUUGACUUUAUAAAUGCCGAUGAUGAAGAUGGAGAAAGAGGAGAUAUAGGAAUUAACAAAUUCUUGUCUGAAAAAGAAUAAUAAGUCAUAACAGUAGUAUUGAGCUAAAAGUAAUACAAGGCGUGCAUUUAACAUGUCCACGAUCAUGACGAUGUUUAGUACAAUCGUAAUACUAUGUUAGACGUCAUGUGGACUGCCCGAUUGCGAAACUUAUACGGGAAUAGCCACCAUCAUUUGAUCCGAUUUAAUUUUGUUUGAUUCAUUUAUUGAAUUAAAGUUAAAUAUUAGACUUUCAACCUUUUACAUCACCACCAAAUAAUAAUUCGAUUUGACAUCGAACAAUAAUUCUCAUUCUUUUAAAUAAUUGGAUCUUCUACAAAAGCCCCGAAAUACAAUGCUAAUACAUAUUGAAGUUAUCAUAGAUUCAUGCGGCCGUUUCGAUGCUUUUUCACGUAAACCUUUGCUUCCAUUCGUCACAUGACUUACUCACGGCGAACAGCCUUCUCAUAUCCUCCCAUUCCGCCUCUCAAUAUUUUUCCCGUUCUCCCAUUCCCACUCUAUUUGAAAAAUCAUUUUACUCCUUGAUUGACAUGAGAGUGGGUCGUCUGAAAAGUAAGACACGACACCCAGACAACACAACAAAUCGAGACAUAAUAAUCGGUGGUUUCAUUCAAGCGACAUUUCAUAGUCCUGCUGCCACCUGGGGGCCCUUACACACAGUCCUUGCGGCCGGCAUUUUCGGCGUAGUGUUACCUCGUCGAGCCGCUGUGUUCAUGAACGUGCGGGCGACAGUAUCCUGCUGCACACAACUUGCACAGAUUGAUUUCACCGAGCGCGAGUUGAACGGCUGUCGUUCAUUGUUACCAUUCAAACGGCUUCAAAGGGGGAAAAUAGACUGAAUUUGCAAGCAGGGAAAAAAGUCCAGCUUAAACGAACAGACUGCUUCUCUGCUUCUCAAUCAAAAUACACCAGCUCAUAAGUGAAAUCAUUCCCACUGCGCCUAAUAUCUUUCCAAUAUUAUAUCGUACACCUCGAAGAUACAUGCCUUCCGGGUAUGAGCCCGUCUUCACCAUCCCAGCCUUCAUUGAUUUAUCUUUCUUUUGCUUUUGCAUCCUCGCGAAUACCAUAUCACAUUCCUCCCGAGGAAAUUCGAGGAUGAUUAUGGAAUCGGUGAUUUUUGUCCAAAUGAAUGAACGCAUUUAUCCUAUAUUUCUCUCAGUAUCAAUGGCGGGAAUGGUAUAUAAAAUUACGACUCCUUACAUAGACAUGACUUGCUCUUACAUUUCCUUCGAAAAUGUUCAUAUAUCUUGAGUGAAUUUGUCAUACUUUCGAAGAGUCAAUGUCCUUGCGCUGUGGAAUCCCCCUAUUCCCAUGUAUAUAAAAGUACCAAACUAUUUGUCAUAAUGUUUUUAUCAUGCAUUGCAAACCAUAACCAUCGGAACAUCUGAGAUCACAACCAAAAUUCAGAGGUAAUCAUUAAAAUGCUGCUCAAUGCUGAUUCGGCAACGCAACAAUCAAUCGACAUUGUGCAUGCAGGCAAGGCUAAUAAAACAUGUACUGUAUCUUGAAGGUCAUGUGAACUUAUAAACGAGUACAUUUGCAUUAACAGAAAAAGAAAUCUACGAUAAUGGCGAUGGACUCGACAGGUAUCGAUUAUAUGAUAUACUGGUGAAGAAAACAGAGAGAAUAGUGUAAACUGUAUCUCUUUAUCUCAAAAUUGUUAGGGAUUUCCCCCUCAAUUGUCACAUUCGUAUGAGUAUAUAAAAUUCCCCCUCAACUUAUGUAGAUAGACGCUCAAUUACGGCUGAAGUAUCCACCAAUCUUGCAACCAGAAUUGAUGAAAGGAAUGAAAAGGACAGUUUUCACGCGGUAAUUCUCACAUCCAUUUGUAAAUGUCAGUUCGGAUCUUUACGUUAUGUCAGUUUCAAGUGACGCGAGAAAAGGCAGAAUCAGCUUGUGACUCGUGGAAUCGUGAAAACGCAGCAUUAAGUGUGGAGCUAUUGGUUUGAUAUUGGGGACUAUAUGACUUGCAAAAAUACAUGCACCGAUACUGGUAAAUUAAACAAUUUGGUAUUUCAAAGAAUCGAAAUCGACAUUGCGGUUCUCGGUAUCUACAGUCAUCUGGCAUUCGUUUUUUUUUUUACUAGUACAUUCGGUCAAAAGAUGCCAUUAAAUGAUAAAUAAUGUAAAAUUACUGAAUAUAUUCAAACUUUAUUUUUGUAUGCCUAUCUGAUUAGAUAUUACAAAAGCAAGAAAAAUAAUAAAUUUGGCUCCUUGCCAUUUCAAAAGUUUGUUGUUUCGGGCAUGUCCUCUCAUUCAAAUUUCAUUAAGUGUGUAAUAGA